AUGGGCAGCGCGGCAUUCAAGGGAUCGAGGGUAAAUCCCGACGGAUCUGUCGAUUCCGGCACUCCGCGAACCCCGAGGACGGCCCGUCGAAGCAACAGACCGGAUCGCGUGACCAAGGACACGAAGAACGGAGCGGGUGGUAGACUAACAACGCCCCGUGGCCGAAUUGAGCGCAACCAGGGCGUGAACGGCGAACAGGCAACCCCGGGAGGUAAGCGUCUGGACUUCGUAUUAGCGGAUACUCGGGCAUUGCCGAAGGAGAAACAACACAAUGGCGGGGUUCAUUUCUCAGAUAAGGUGGCGGAGCGCGUCAGCGAGCUUGCCCAUCGGGGCGAGGAAGCGCUGCAAACUAAGGCUCCCACUCGUCAGCUGAGGAGGUCGGCGGGGGCGAAACAGCCUUACGCCUCGGGCGGCGGAAGCAGUUGGCGCGACCGCGUGGAGAAGGCAAAGAUGAACGCAGCGGCGACCAUCUCCGUCGCCGGUCUUCUCAGCUCAGGACUCGGCGACAUGAGAAAGACGCGCAACUACUUCGACACGAUGCCUCCGGCUCUGGAAGAGAGCCUCGAUGUGGACUACGAGGGCUUCAUCGCAGAGUAUACCAAGGUGGAGAAGGUGUUCGAAGAAGCAAGGCGAGCGACGGGUAAAGAUAAGAAGAGACGCAACCAUUCAAAGACUCAGGAGGAGGCGAACACAGAGGAUGCCGCUGUUGACUCUGCCCAAGCUUUGCACGACGCUCGCGAAGGUGUCGAAGUGAUUGAUGCCCGUAUUUCGAGCAGCCUAACGGCGAUGCAGGCAUACCUGGGCCGAGCAAACGAGGAUGUAGUCAUCCAAAAUGUCCAGAUACGAUUUCCAAACGCAGAUUCGCAGGAGAUGUGGAUGAGCGCGCCUGAGAACAAGCCAGAAAUCAUGAGGAUGCUUUCAGAGGUCAGAUCUGGCGGUGGGUAUGGCACAAUAGCCCUGCUCGUAUUCGCGGGCGAUCUCGGACCAAUGCGCGAGGGAGGUAAGCGGCGUCCACUUUAUUCUAUCGAUCCUUUCGAUCUUCUUGGGGAGCUACAUCAAGAGCAGAGAGAGCACGACCUGGCGGCAACCUCUGCAACGCAAGCAGACGCAGAUGGCGUCGAGGAAAGGCAGACCACCUGGCUUCCGUCCACCACACACUUCGAAGGUAUGUGCGUCGGUGCUCGCAUGAUGACACAGCUUCAGCUCAACAUCUCGGAACAAUUCGGGGCGAACGCUCUUGAGGCCAUCAAACUGAUCAUGGUGGUGUCGGAUGCAACACAGUCCACAGUGGUGAAGGACAUGCGUUCAAAUAAUUUUUACGGCUUUGCCAAGCAGCAUGUCCUGUUCAUCAACCAGCAUUCGUAUCCUGGAUUCCGCUACGUCCCCGAGUUAAAAGUGUUUUGUGAAGAUCCCUCAGCUAGAAGCGCGCGAUAUGGAUCAGGUUUUGUCAUGGAGCAGCUCACGUAUCCGGGCGAGGCUUUCCUGUUCAAGCAAGGGAGGGAGAGGUCUCAUCUUGUCGAAAGUGUUUUGGAUUAUUUGUUGAGCGUCGGGGUGGAGUGGAUUUACAAAACGAACAUCAGAACGGUGGGAGAGGAUGCGUUCGACACCAAGUUCGCGGCACACGCGUUUGCUCUGAGAGAAAAGUAUGACGCGAACAUGGUGAUUGAAACAGUGGAGACAACUGCACAAACCAGUUGUAAGUGGGGUAAUGUCGCGAUGACUUCAACGAGCAACUCACAGUUCGCUCGCAUCCUCGGUGUAGACACCAUCUCUCCUUCUGACAGGAUCAAUACUCUUAAUGCCAUGAUGGCAGCACAGCCAGAAAAUCGCAAGACUUUGUACAGCGCAACCGGCCGCUGGAUGGUGGAGCUUUCUGCGCUGCAGGAGGCCCUGGAAACGGCAAGGUUCACACCGAGCUUCUGCCUUGAGCACUUACUCGAAGCUGAGCCUAACCUAAGGCGUCUGAGAGCUGCGCCAGCCGUUUACCCACAGGUUCACGCGCAUGAUUUAACUUGUGUGGCCGCGAUACGUGCUGUUUGCGUCUCGAGGUCGCAAGAGAACGCUCCAAGGGACCUCGGUACUCCGAUUAUUGACGAUCCGAUUCAAACGUAUCAGUACAUGGCGAAGGUUCAGGAUCGCACCAUUGCUUUCCAGACGAUGGUAAAGCAAUCCUACAUGAACACUAUGUCGACUGGUGUAAAGGGCCCAAGUAUGGUCAUGAUGAGCUCGAGUGGAAGAAGUCGACAUGUGAUUGUCGUGGCAAUUGUGGACAGCGAAGCCUGUGGCAGAAUCCUUGAUGUUGUCAAUGCCUUGCUAAUCCCUGGAGUCGAUGAAUUUCACUUGGUACAUGUUUGCAAGAAUGCCGAAGCGUUCAGACAAGCAGGCACAAUGUUAUCUCAGUACGACGUUGACAACGUGGUGCACCUUGUACGGCAUGUCAUCCCCCAGAAGCAAGGCGUUUCCACAGCAGAAGCAAUCACAAACAAAGCUGUGCAACUAAACGCCACGUUAAUUGUAGUUGCGUCUGAAAAGCUUGACAGAUCAAGGGAGGCCAAAGUGGGUUCGGUGGCUCUCGCUCUUUGCAAGGCACAGAUUGCAUCGGGACAGAAGGACAAGGAGUUGCCUUGCUCCAUCCUUGUGGUGAAGAAUCACUCCAAAACACCCAAUGUAGUGAAAUCGCCGGCAGGCAGUCUUUCCUUUGUCAUUGGCGUGGACGUGGACUCUUCAGAGCUGUUUGAGUUCACCUGCAAUCUCGGACGUCGUGGCAAGGACAAACUGUACCUCGCGCACUGUACAGGACCGAUGGGAGUGCAUCGCAAAGCGUCUAGGGAUGAAGAUAAUAUCAUCACCAAGUUCAAGGAGAGAGCCAUCGCUAAUGGAUUCGUUGCCGUUGGUCGCUCGCUUGACGGUAAACCCAGCUUGGAGCUGCCAAAAUUCCAGUCCCAAGUGCAAGGUGAUAUUAUAGCAGUAUCUGCUUCGCGCGAUACAGGUGAAGUGUCCAAAGGUGUGGUCGCUAUGCUGAAAGAUCCUCUCGCUGCAGCGGUGCUUGUCUACAAGCCAAAACUUAUGAACUCUAGUCAGCUAUUAUAG